GAUGCAAUUUCAGAGUCCGACAUGGUGUCUGAUGUGGAUGAUGUCCGAGUCCCCCAUUCUGACAGCGCUGUCCCUGAGGCACCUUUGACUGAAACUGAGGAGAACUAUAAGCUGGUGAUUGCCUCCUGUACUCAGCUGAAAAAGGAGAUGGCUGGACUGAUGUCUGAAGUGAAUACAGUGCAUGACUUAGUGGAGAAGCUGAAGAAAGAAAGGCUUAAAAAACAGUUACAGAAUGAGGAAUUGGGGAUGGAGUGUCAGAUGAAAAGUGUAGCAAUAUCCAUCCUUGAGACCCACGACAAAGCCAUUAGGUCUUCGUUACAAAAGGAGUUUGAAGAAAAGAGGCAGGCUCAUAGUGAGCUGAAGACCCAGUGCGAUCAGAUGAAAAAAACCUUAAGAGGCAAAAAGGUCUCUCUAGCUGACAUUGAGGAACAAUAUCAGGAUUUAGUACGCUCAGGUAACAAUAUGGUCUGCCAAGUAAAAAGUCUUAUUCUGGAAGUCUACCAGGCCAAGAAGCAACAGCAAGUAAGGCUGAAUUAUGAGAUCGAGGCCAUCCAGUCACAAUACGAAGAAGCUUUAAAACAGCAGGCUGAGUUGCUAAUUGAGAAUAAUAAAGUGCGGAAUGAUCACAAUAUCCUGAAAUCAGAGUAUGAGCAGAUGAAGAAAACCCACAAUAUGGUCUCUCUGGAUGAAGCUGAGAAGACGUUGCUGCUGAAAAAGAUGUCUGACCUGAUGUCCCAGAAGCACAAACUGCAAGCCUCAGUGCAGCAGCUGAAGGAAGCGAUCUGUGAGACGUGCAAAAAGUGUAAUGAGAUAAAGAGAAAGCAAGAGCAGGAGCAAACACAAGAGAUGCACAGUAACAUGAAGGCACAGCACACAACAAUGAUGGAAAUUUUUAAACAGUUUUAUGAGUUAUUAAAAAACCACCUCAAGCAUGAGGAUCCUGGGGAAUCUAGGAAGCCUGAGGAACCUGGGGAAACUGGGGAACCUAGGAAACCUAAAGAACCAGAGGAGAAAGGGGAACAGAAAUAA